AUGGCUGUCAAUUCAGUUUUGUUUUGUUUAGCGUUGUUUAUUGUGAAAGUUAAUAGUGAUAUACUGUGUGAGAAUGGUUUCUGUGGGCGUCAUAUUAGACAAAAUCCCUGCGCAGACCCUGCUCCAGAUUGCGAUUUGAACAAUGGGACACAUUCUGGGGUCUGGCUACCUUCACCCACAAUAUGCAACUGCUGCAAAUUCUGCCUACCAAUGUAUAAUAAAGGAGCUCCGUGCAGUAUCGGUGGACCUGGGACAGGCAUCACUGUUGGCAGAUGUGGGGAAGGCCUUACCUGUGAUAGCACAACUAGAGUGUGCGUACGAAUGAAGACGAAAUGCCAUGACGCCCAAGAUGAUUACGACGCUCGACAAGCCCGUUCUCAGACGGGCUAUAUGGAAGUUCGACCAGAGUGUGAUGCUAAAGGAAACUUCUUAUCCAACGUCUGCGUACCUUCACAGACAUGUUUCUGUCAAUCCGAAGACGGCGAGAGGAUUUUCGGUGAAGUUGCUAACACUGGAAGCGUAUCGAUGCCUUGCACAUGUUCGAGAUUGUUCCACAAAAUUCGUAAAACCAUUUCAACUAGUGUACCUUUCCCGGUUGUAAGUUAUCGGUGUACUUCAGAUGGCAACUUCAAUCCAGUACAAUGUUUUGAUAGAAAAUGUCACUGUGUUGAUAAAAUAACGGGAAUCAAGACUGGCACGGAUGUUGUGGAUUUGGAUGAGCAGGGGAUUACUGAUUUGCCAUGUUAUGAAGCUGAUUUAGAUCUAUUUCGACCGAGAAAUAUAUCCCAGCGUCCGUUUCAAUACACGACGCCAUGCUACGACAGUGUUGAGGAAAGACGGCAAUUGAUAGGCCAAAGUAAAAAAGAUGGUUACAAUGUUGACUAUUUCUCAACAUUCACUUCCAUUAACUGUUUACCUGACGGGACCUUCGGGCGGACUUUGAUAAAUGCUAACGGGACAAAAGUAUGUAUUAACGAACGGAGUGUCCGGAUUGGAAAUUACGAAGCUAAAAUAAAUACGCCCCAAUAUGAUGAGAUGGACUGCAAAUGCGCGAUAUCAUCGUCUCUGUUGAGUUCGUCGGAGCGUCCUCACUGUUGCUCCAACGGUAACUUCCGUCCCAUACAGUGUCGUAGGGGCAGCUGCUACUGCGUGGACUCUGACGGCCGGCAGGAAGGAAUGCAGACAGCUGACAUCAACAGUCUGCCUUGUUACACGGAUAACUGGAGAAACUGUUGA